AUGGAGCCGACGUGGAACUCCUCCCAACCUCUUCCCCAGCCCCUGUCCAAUAUGUCUGCCACCUUUCUGUCGGAGGGCUGGGCUCUGUCUCAGUCACUAGCCCUGCUGGCCAUGCUGCUCAUGGACCUGCUGGCUGUGGUGGGUAAUGUGGCUGUUAUGGCAGUCAUUGCCAAGGCCCCACAGCUCCACAAAUUUGCCUUUGUCUUCCACCUGUGCUUGGUGGACCUGAUGGCAGCUGUGGUGUUGAUGCCUCUUGGCAUGCUCUCGAGCCGGGUCUUCUUCGGAGAGGCCCUGUGCCGGUGCUACCUCUUCUUCAGCGUGUGCCUGGUCAGCGCUGCCAUCCUUUCCAUCUCUGCCAUCAAUGUCGAGCGGUACUACUACAUCAUUCACCCGAUGCGUUACGAAGUGAAGAUGACUGUGGGUCUGGUGGCUUCGGUGCUGGUGGGGAUAUGGAUCAAAGCCCUGGCCAUGUCUGCUCUGCCGUUGCUGGCCUGGUUCCUGCAGGGUGGAAGAGCUCCUCUUCUGGAGAGCGGUGGGAUCGGUGGGGAAGGAAGCGGGACGGUCCCCUCACCUCCUGCUCAGGGUAACAGGCGCUGUUCGCUGCAUUGGACAGGAGGGGGCUCAAACCGAUUGGCCUUCAUGGUCCUUUUUACUCUGGUGUAUUUCCUUUGUCCGCUGCUAGUUAUUCUUGUUGUAUACUGCAAUAUGUUCAAAGUGGCUCGGGUAGCAGCUAUGCACCAUGGACCUCUACCUACGUGGAUGGAUACGCCUCGGCGGCAAAGGUCAGAGUCACUCAGCAGCCGUUCCACAAUGGUGACCAGCUCUGGGACGGGCACCGGCACAGACCGUGCAACCCCUCAGCGGCCUUUUGGUGGGAAAAAGGCUGCAGUGGUGCUGGUAGCAGUAGGCGGGCAGUUCCUCUGCUGCUGGCUUCCAUAUUUCUCUUUCCACCUUUACUCAGCGCUGGCUGCCAUCCCUCCCGCUACACUGGCUCCUCUGGAGGAGGUGGUGACCUGGAUUGGCUACUUCUGCUUCACGUCUAAUCCCUUCUUUUAUGGCUGUCUCAACAGACAGAUCCGCGAGGAGCUGGGCAAGCAUCUGCCCUGCCUGUUUCGCCGAGCAAGAACCGAGGAGGAGGAGGACAGGCUGCCCAGCCGCGAGGGCUCAAUAGAGGAGAAUUUCCUUCAGUUUCUUCAGGGCACCGGCUGCAACACGGAUCCUCAAGACUCAAACAGUACCUCUAGUCCGAAGGGGGAAGCUUGCUGCCCAGUAGUUCAGUCCCAGCCGCCUCCACCACCACAGGCCAUACCCAUCGAUUUCCGUAUCCCAGGACAAAUUGCCGAGGAGACUUCAGAGCUCCUUGAGAAUGAGCAGGUGAAAAAUAACCAUAUAAUUACUGACAGUUAA